UAGGAGCCUGAGUACUAGCUGAUUUCAAGAUGGCGGCGGACGUAAGUGUUGAUCUUGAAGAAGCGCAUUUCUCUUUUCUCCCUUCACAGCCAAACAUCUACAGCAUGGCAAAGAUCGAUCCUCUGCCGGAGGAAAGUAAAGUGCUCGUAGCAUCACUCAACGGACGGGUUACCUGUGUCGAGUACGAGAAUGAGUCCGGUGGCUUGUUUUCCCGCGAGAUUCCUUUUACAUACAUUCCCGCAGGAGAUGCAGAAAUUGUAUCAAUAGAUGCAUUUGUACGGUCAUCAUCCGAUUACUCCCAAGGACUGGUGAUUGGUAUUUCUCUUAUUUUACUUAAUGUCCAGAAUAACUCUGGCAAUAACCAAAAACAGUUUCUGAAUAUCUACUCAUCAGUGGAAAAAGACAAAGAGGUCUGCCUGGACAAUAUUGCAGAGGGUUGUCAGUUGAUAGAGCUUGACUUUGUGCCAUUUCAGCUGUGUCACACCCAAAUCAAGAGCAAAAGGUCUGUAAGAGAGACAGUGUUCUUGUUGGCUGGAAGUGACUGUACAGUGCACAUGUUCAUGGAGGAUAAUACCCAUCAAAGCUUUGAGGAGUACCAGACAGAAGAUAUCUUCCCUGAAUUUCAAGAUCUGCAGAGCAAUGUUAUAUGGAUGGAUAUCAAGUGUUUACCUUUGGAUCAACGACUCACAGCCAUCGGUUGUCAGAGCGGCCAUGUACAAGUUGCACUUGUUGAUACUGCUGAAGAUCCCAAGAUCUUGCAGCUUUUUCAUGUAGACCAUGAUGGACCAAUCACAGCUGUGAAUGUGUUUCCAUGGCAACAUGAUGAUUUGAAUACCUCAUCACCUGAUAUGUCAGUUGACAAGCCUUCACCCGAGUACCACCUACUAGUUUGCUGUGCCACUGAGCCAUGCGUGAUUUAUACAAACAUCAUCAGUCAAGGGCUGUCACAGAUUGUGGUUCUUCCUGACUCGGACAAGUUCGACUGUGUGCUGUGUACUUGCAUGGCCGAUGUGGACUGGGACGGAAACAAAGAGCUUCUUCUUGGAACAUAUGGCCAGGAACUACUGGUUUACAAGUUCGGUUCCACUAGUACAGGGCAGUCCACAAUUCUUGACUUGAAACUGAUGUGGCGGCGUAGUUUUUCAAGCCCUCUGUACGCUAUCCAGUACCUGGAUAUGACGGGCGAUGGACUUAGGGAGGUGGUUGUGGCCUCUUUACUCGGCGUUCACAUUCUGCAGCAUAAACUGGACAAGGCAGCAUCCCUGUGUUAUUCUAAAAUCAAGAAAUUACAAGAAUCGGAUCAUUGCCAUCAGGUACCCGACAGAGAGGAUCUAGCCCCUGACCCGUAAACUAUACGUAACUCUUGGCAGGUCACACAACUCUCGAGACGUCGCGCAAAUCUAGGUGCGUCACGCAAUUCGCGGAACGCCUUAUAACUCGCGGAUCAACUCGUAAUAUGCGUGACGUUACCUACUCAGCUCUUUUGAGGCAAGGGAUGCGAACUCACACUAUGCACAAACCCCCUGAUGUUACGGGAAUUAAGGAUUGCAUCACAAAGAUGUUAGCACGUGGUCCGAUAACGUUUUGUGUUGUUUCAUGUAUUUUCAAACUCUCAUUGUUGAAUUUAUUUAUCCCUACAAUAUUUUACACUUUGGUAUAAUACUUAUUGAAGGAUGGAUUUAAUGUUUUAUUCGAUUGAAUUCUAGAGAAUUCAGUAGGCUCCUGCUGAGAUUACAACUCAUCGGCAUAAGUGAUUCUUGAAAAAUAAAACCUGAUCUUUUUAAGAGACGUAGCAGUCGAGUUUUGUUCGAACCCAUUUUACAAGAAUCGAACAGUUCUGAGAUAAGAUCCCAUUUAAGAAGAAUCAUACACAACCCAUUUUAGAAGAAUCAUACACUUCUGAGAUAAAAACACAUUUUAGAGGAAUCGUACACUUCUGAGAUAAGAACCCAUUUUAGAGGAAUCAUUCAAUUUUGUGA